GAAAUAUAAUAAGAUGGACAAUUAUUUUAGAGAGAAGGAGAGAGAUAACAAGCUCGGCCAAAAAUAAAUAGUUAUUAUACUAACAAAAUUCUAUUUUUAGGUAUAGGAAAAAUUCAUCUGUAUAUACCGUAAUUUUCCAUUAUAAAAGGGGUAUUUUAUCUUUUGAAAUUUGAAGAGAGAUAGACAUUUACAGGCUUCAAAUAAAUUUCAUCAAUGGCGUCGUUGGUGAGGAGAAGAUUUUAUUCGAGUGAAGCAUCAUUUGUUCAGAGGCUAAGAGAUCUGCCAAAGUACCUUCCUGGUACCAAAAUCAAAACUCAAGUUUCUCAACUCAUUGGGAAAACACCAUUGGUGUAUCUAAACAAAGUGAGUGAAGGAUGUGGUGCUUAUAUUGCUGUUAAACAAGAAAUGAUGCAACCUACUUCUAGUAUCAAAGAUAGACCAGCAUUUGCUAUGAUCAAUGAUGCAGAAAAGAAAGGAUUAAUCACCCCUGGAAAAACAACACUAAUCGAGCCAACAUCAGGGAAUAUGGGAAUAAGUAUGGCAUUUAUGGCUGCCAUGAAAGGCUACAAAAUGAUUUUGACAAUGCCAUCGUAUACAAGCUUGGAGAGGAGGGUAACCAUGAGAGCAUUUGGAGCUGAUUUAGUGAUCACUGAUCCAACUAAAGGAAUGGGAGGAACUAUUAAGAAAGCUUACGAUCUUUUGGAAUCUACACCUAAUGCUUAUAUGCUUCAACAAUUCUCCAAUCCUGCCAAUACUCAAGUUCAUUUUGAGACUACUGGCCCUGAAAUCUGGGAAGAUACUCAAGGUAAUGUUGACAUCUUUGUCAUGGGAAUAGGAAGUGGAGGCACAGUCUCUGGUGUUGGACAAUAUCUGAAAUCGAAAAAUCCUAAUGUCAAGAUAUAUGGAAUCGAGCCAGCUGAAAGCAAUGUAUUGAAUGGUGGAAAACCAGGUCCUCAUGAAAUAACUGGCAAUGGGGUUGGAUUCAAGCCGGAUAUCCUUGACAUGGAUGUAAUGGAAGAAGUUCUGAUGGUUUCAAGUGAAGAAUCGGUAAACAUGGCUAGGGAGUUGGCAUUGAAGGAAGGCCUUAUGGUUGGUAUAUCAUCAGGAGCAAAUACUGUAGCCGCACUUAGACUCGCCAACAGACCAGAAAAUAAAGGAAAACUCAUAGUGACAAUUCAUCCAAGUUUUGGAGAGAGGUACUUGUCAUCUGUUCUGUAUGAAGAUCUCAGGAAAGAGGCACAAAACAUGCAACCUGUAUCAGUUGAUUAGUGUUCAAUUAUUAUAGUGAUAGUACUAGUGAAACUAGUACAAGAAAAAAAAAUGUAUGUGCUACAUUUUCUGAAAUAAUGUUUAUGCUUUAAAUAAUAAUGGAAAGUAAUCUUUUCUGAACGGUUAA